GCUGUCUCUCUCCGCAUUGGGGAGGGGGCGCGCGGCUGCGGUCCCUCUGCAGAGGGCUGCGCGCUCCGCGGCCUCCGGAGCUCCUCGUUGUUUGGGCCCGUGCACCCCGACCUCGGGAGCAGGGCUGGCCCGAGACCGCGACGCUCUGGGUUGGUCUUUGAAUAAAGGAGAAUUUUAUCCAGGAAAGAGCUUCAAUUCGAAGAGGAAAUUAAAGGAAGAAAUCAUAAGCAACAGAUGAACAAGGCAUUUGUGUCCUGAAGAAGCCAUAGACACAGCUGUGGAGCGAGAGCAGGGCGAACCCCCAGGAGAAACCGGACUUGGUGCGAUAUAUUCGUCCCCAAAGGCUUCAAGAGGAAGAGAGAGGAGACCUUUCCGAGAAUGAAAGAGUGCAGUGUGAAAAUGGAGAGCAGAGUUUCUGAGAUUCAGAUAGAAACCAAGGAGGAGAAGGCGCCAGCAGCCGUUAGUCCUCAGGAAGAGAGGCAGGAGGGAAAAACAGGCACGCUUUGCUUCAAGAGAAGGAAGAAAGCCAACAGGACGCAGCCUAAAGCUGGCUCCAAGACUGCCGAGGUCACAAAGAAGCGCCCCCCUGAAGCCGGGGACCCCGCUCAGCCACAGCCAGCGGGGGCCUGGGCCUCCGUCAAACGCCUCGUGACACACGGGAAAAGGUCAGAGUCUUCGAAGAAGCAGAAGCCAUCGGAGGCCGACGUGCAGCCUGAGGACGUGGCUCUUCCUAAGAAGAAGGCAAAAUCCAGACUUGGGAUUCCUUGCAUAAGAUUCUCAAGGGGGGCCAAGAGACGUCAUCACGCUAAACUCACGGAAGACUCAGACUACAACAGCAGAGUCCAGGGAGGGGCUGACGAUUUGGAGACAAAAGCCCAGACCCAGUCAGCUGGCCAGGCUAAGUCCACACAGGGCCGGCAGGAAGGUGUGUUGGUGGAAGAUGGUAAGGAGGCCCAAGAAUCACGGGUGAGCAACAGUCUCACAUCCAGAGGGAACGUGGUUUCCGUGGACCUGGAGUUAGAAAAUGAGUCUUCGGCGGUUCAGAUGGGCACUCCCGUGCUGGAAAAGGAACCGAGAGUGAGCACGGAAAAGCAAAGCGUACAAGCGCAGCAAGCAAGUCCACUUGAGAGUUCGGAAGCAGGCAGCCCUCGUCCCGUGGCCUCUGACGCCCCUGCCUCACCAGCAACCGUGUAUCAGCGCAGCGUGGAAGCACCCAGUGGCGCCAUCCAAGAAAGUGUUCCAAGGGGGGAAGAUGACGGAAGUAGGCGGAGUGCUUCCCAAGAGAAGACAUCAGGAGAAAUUACGCUGGGCCCAGCGGAAGAAACUACAGUGGUCCAGGCAGAGGAGGCUGCUGUCAGCCUGACAGACAAGAGUGCAGUGGCCCAGGAAGAGGAAGCCGCAGUGUCCCAGGAAGAGGAAGCCGCAGUGGCCCGGGAAGAGGAAAUCGCAGUGGCCCAAGAAGAGGAAGCUGCAGUGGCCCGGGAAGAGGAAAUCACAGUGGCCCAGGCACCAGAUCUGAAAGAAAAUGGAAUUGAUACAGAGAAACCCAGAUCAGAAGAAAGCAAAAGAAUGGAGCCAAUUGCUAUUAUCAUUACAGACACUGAAAUCAGUGAAUUUGAUGCUAAGAAAUCUAAAAAUGUCCCUAAGCAAUUCCUAAUUUCAAUGGAAAAUGAGCAAGUAGGGGUUUUUGCUAAUGAUAGUGAUUUCGAAGGGAGAACUUCAGAACAAUAUGAAACACUCUUAAUAGAAACAGCCUCUUCUCUCGUCAAGAAUGCUAUCCAGUUGUCUGUAGAGCAGCUGGUUAAUGAAAUGGUUUCCGAGGAUAAUAAAAUAAAUACUCUGUUACAGUGACUCCAUUUCCAGAUUGUGGGAAAGGAAAAAAAAAAAAAAAACAACCAAAACUUAAAGAUGAAUUAUUUUAUACAUCUGUGGCACUUCUUUCUCAGUAAUCAAUUAGAGGCUUAUUGUCUGUGGAAUUUAAAGGUACAGUUCCAGCCCGGAAGUGCCAAAGAAUAAAUGAAGUUUACGGAACUCGUUGCAACAGUCACUUCUGGACUGGAGGGAGUCAGCACACAUCCCAGGGUGCCGUGACGUACAGGAAGGUGCAGAGAUGACAGGCGACGAGCUCAGUGCUCUGGGGAAGACCGUUUACUGAGCACACGGCAUGCUGUAUGUUCCUUGCUGUUCCCUAAUGCACGAAGUCUGGGCUUUUUCUGAUGGUUCAACCCUGUGUCUAGGCGAACGCUUUUCUCUUACAGUAUAUUUUCCUGUUGUUUCUAAUGGUGAAUCAGGUGAGUGGGUUUCUAGCCCCGCACAAGUUCCUUACAAAAGCCAUUCACAGGUUCCUUCGGCCAGCCAGGUAGUUGUCAAGGGUGUAAGCGUGGAAACGGGAGUGCGUUUUCUUCCCUCCCUGUCUUCCUUCCGCCCAGCAGACCUGUAUAGACCCAUCUCCGUGUGGCCCUAUCUGCUGGGACGCGAGAAACAAAUAAAGGGAAUAGUAGUUUUCAUCCAGAAGGCAAACUUCCCAGAUAACAGAGAAUUCCCUUAGCUGGAAAACCAUAAUAUUCUUGUGAAAAUACUUCUUCUUGGCCAAACAUGAACUAUGUAUACAACUGAAUAAAAAAAAAAAUCAAAAUUCAUGCUGAUGCAUAGAUUUUCAACACCGGUGUUUUUUUCGUUGUGUCUAGCCAUGGUACUGUAACACAGUUCCCAGUUCCACGGGUCAGGGUUCCUAUUGUACAGUACUCCCACCCCGCUAUUUAACCAAGUGAUGAUGUUACUACUACUUGUUACUGCUGAGGCUGGACAGCGGGUACGACGGCUGUUGAGGAGCGCCCUCUGGAGGACGAGUACCAAUGAUGUUCAUCCGCUCUGCAUUUACAGUGAUUAUGGACUGCAUAUGUACACAUUGCUUUUCCCUAUGCUUUCAUUUUGUAAAUACGUAUUGUGAUCUCUUACAGAAGUAACUAACGUGGCUUUGGAAUUGAACUAAAUGGUGGAUGUUUAGCAAGA